CUCGAUGCAUUUUCCGGAAUUGGAACCCUAGCAGCCUUACAACGCAUCUGGCCUUUGACUCGAAAUCCUCUAACCUCAACGGACCUCAAAGGAACUUGAAGUAGUUUCAACAACUCUUGUCUAGCUGGAUGCUUUCUAUGCGAGAGCAAAAAUAUCAGACUAUUCGGACUGCUGUCGUUGUACUCUUUGUCUUGUAUCAUAUUCGUUUUGUCUUUGUCCCCUUUCCCGCAGGGCUUCUUUUCGACAUCGAUUCGGUCUUCUCUUGCCAACCUCUGUUGGCUUUCUUGUUUUUAAUUUGGUUCAACGACCAACCAAUCGUGACAUUUUACCUCAUCUCGUUGAGAAACGCCUGUACGUCGAGUGUGUCGAUUACUUUCACAGGCGCAGGCAGUCGAUACCAAAGCUGUGAUUGCCCCCCCCUGAUACCCAUAACCCGUCUCUUAUCGAUCGGCUUUGAAGCCGGGGCGGUUCGGGGCCACGCCCGAAAUUUUUCGACCUGCUUAAAUCGCUGAUCCUCCCCAUUGACACUGCUGAAAGCUGGAACCAAGAGUCUGUAGAACCAGAACCAGGGGCUCAUCAGUCAUACAUACGACUCACAGAGCUUAUCGCUUAGAUCCACCCAGUUGCCU